AUGGCCAAGUUUAACGUGCAUGAUGUAGCCCUACCGGACAUUAAGCUAACACCAGAGCGUCAAGCAGCUUUGAUUGCCGAAGUUGAGGCCGUGGUGCAGAGCACCCUUGAAUUACGAUCGGCCUUUGCUGCAGGAGGCCGUCAGCUCGAUACCUCGGCAUGGAAACUUGUACAUACGAAGGAUGAUGUGCGUGCCUACCGCUCGCGUCGUGCAUUGCAUGGGGCCGAUUUGUCUGAAAUGGGUACCGAAACAUCGGACGCGCUUUCAUCGUCGUCGUCUUCCAGCUCUAGAUCGACCAUACACAAACUCCCUGUCUCCGCGUCGUCGGUUUCUUCGCAAGAAUGCGAUCGGUUACGUGUCAAGAAGACAGUGCGCCCACCUGCCGUAGUGCUUUCGGGCACGGUUGACGGUACGGCUGAAGACGCCGCGCUAGGUAUCCUAGCCGACUCGGAACAGCAUUGUCUAAUGCGUCAAUCGUAUCUUGGUACGGACCUCGAAGACUCCCGUUUACUCUUUGUUUUGGUCCGACCGACUCCUGAAAAUCCAUUCUCAUUCAUUGGUGUCAAGUGGGGACGUCAGACGUACGGCCGCUUCAGCCAACCUCGUGACUUUGUUUUUCUUGAGUCGAUAGGUAUUACAAAGAACUCACGUGGAGAAGUUGUCAGCUACGGUGUGCGUCAGUCCACGGAUUUGUCGGACGUCCUGACACUGCCAAGCUCCCACGAAGUACUUCGAGGUCACAUGUCGGCGUGCCAGACUUUCACAAACAGCAGCAUCCCCGUGGCUGGCUCACGUCACCAUUCCGUUGAGAUGUUUACUCGUGCAUUCCUGCAGCUAGAUGGUGACUUACCCGUAAACGUCGCUGCUUCGGCUUUUGCUGAGAAGCUUAUGACACUUGUGAAUACAAUGGAGUGUGCGACAGCCUACAAGCUCACAUGGAUGAUGAAGCAGUCGUCUCGUCAAGCUCGCUCGGGUACCGGCGUUCACGGAUCAAGUAGCCACUGUUCCAACUGCACGCGUAGUCUCAAUAAAUUGGCCAACCUGCUGCUUCAGCGCGGAGGAACAUGUCAAGUCUGCCGCCGUUCAUUCUGCGGUAAAUGUUCGGUAUACAAAAAGAUUUCAAUCGCCAUCGGCAGCGAGGUGAUACAAAAGUCCAUGCUCUUUUGUCUCGAGUGCCUCUUGGAGGCCAAACAAAUUUCUGCUCGCGAAGUAGCCAUCGAACAGCAGAAGUGGUAG